CACUCAUGCAUCGAAGAUGCACGUACCGGCCCUUCCUGCAGCCCCUGCAGGCCAGGGUGCAAAAUUUCCCCGCUGCAGGAGAGCCGCUAUUUGAUGGCAUGAUUCAGUUGCUUCAGGGCCCUCCUCGAGAUCAAAAUCGAGUUGGGGACGCGGCUGUAUCCUGUUCACUUACCACUGUGCUGGGAGUCAAAGGUGUUCGCCCUCUCGCUUUGUUUGUGCACGAAAAUUGGCUAUGAAUAAGGAUAGGGACUUGGAGCUGACGGCCCGAGCCGGGGAGGUCGACGAUAUCGCUGCCCAGGAGGCGAUUGACGACGAGCGCGCCAAACAACAAAACGCGCAUAACGGCGGCACUUUGGAGCGCUAUAUUAACCUGGUCUCAACGGUCAACUUCUCCUUUGUGCUGCAGUGCUCUUGGGAAGCUGCAGCAGUCACAUUCCAGUUCGCGCUGAGCAAUGGCGGUCCAGCGUCUAUCGUCUAUGGAAGUAUCUUGGCAGGAUUCGGGACCACACUCGUGGUGGUCUCGUUGGCCGAAAUGGCAUCUAUGGAUCCAACCGUUGGAGCCCAAUAUCGCUGGUCAGCCACGUUCGCUCCAAAAUGGCCCCGAUUCUUCGGUCUCAUGCAAGGAUGGAUCACUGUGUUUGCUUGGAUCUGCUCUUGCACAUCUAAUCCAGCUUUGAUCUCGAACAUCAUCACGGGCUUGGUCAUCUUCAACAACCCUGACUACGUUCCCAAGCAAUGGCACACGACGCUGUUGAUGUGGGCGAUCACUUCGCUGCCCUUCUUCGCCAACUUCUACUUUAGGAAGCUGCUUAACCCAUUUGAAGCCAUCGGAGCUCUCUUGCAUGUUAUUUUCUUCAUCGUCAGCAUUAUUACGUUGGUGGUGCUGGCGCCUCGAAGCUCUCCCGACUAUGUCUUUAAGACUCUCACACACGACAGUGGCUGGGAGCAGCCCGUCGUGGCGUUUGGUAUCGGUCUACUUACUGUGGCAUACCCAUUGACAGGUUUCGAUGGUGUCAUGCACAUGUCUGACGAAGUCAAGAAGACCCGCAUUCGCGUUCCGCGCUCGAUGAUCUUCUCCGUCGUCCUCAACGGUAUCAUGCAAUUUGCCUUCAUGACUACGGUGCUCUUCACCAUUGGUGACCCCGCCGUCGUCGCCGCCGACCCCCUUCCCAUCAUUCAAGUCUACUACCAAGCCACCGGCUCCAAGCCCGCGACGAACCUCUUCGUCAUCGUCAUCUGCAUCAUUAUCUUCGUCUCGUUCUUCAAUGUCUUCGCGUCGGUGUCGCGCCUCAUCUGGGCGUUCUCCCGCGACAAUGGGCUGCCGUUUUCGAAGACGUUCGCGAAGGUGCAUCCGACGCUCAAGAUGCCGCUGAAUGCGUUGAUACUGCUAGGUGCGUGCUUGUGUAUACUGGCAAUCAUCAAUGUGGGCAGCACGACGGCGUUCAAUGCGUUCAUCUCGCUGCCUGCGUUAGGAGGUUACAUCUCGUACUUCAUUCCGAUCUUGUUCAUCUUCAUUCGGCGCUUGUCUACCAAGCACCCCACGCCCAUCCCUUGGGGUCCGUUUAGACUCGGCAGGGUCGGCCCGUUCAUCAACUUCGCUGCUAUGGUGUACAUCUUAUUCGUACUCUGCUGGUUGCCGUUGCCGAGUUUCAGGCCGGUUGAUAGGGAGACAAUGAACUACGCCGGUCCGAUCGCAGGUUUUGUCAUACUGUUCGCAAUUGGAGAUUGGUGUGUUUCGGGGAGGAAGAGGUUCAAGGUGCCUGUGUUGAGGCGCGCGGAGUUUGAGUAGGUCACGCGCAUACC